AAAUGCCCCGCCCAAUACGAGUGAUCUAACACCGUUCAAACAUUCCAGCGUACGUUCGAUGUGGAGUGUGGAGUUGGUCCAACCACCUGCUCCUUUUCUUAUCGCCCAACUUCCAGGGUAGCGCUUUACCGCCAAGUGGAAUUGGUAUCGAGGGCACGAAGAGAGGAGAAAAAAAAGAACCGCCAUUGAGAAAAUAAGCGAGUAACGUGGCCGUUAACGUUGUGACAUGUCUAUUCUAGACGACCGCGACGAAUACUUGAAGAAUCCGUAUUUUAAGGAGCACUUGUACGGCGACUUCACUGCAUUCUAUGUCACAAUCGCUCUUUGCACCGUCCUAGGCGUAUUUCUAUUUGUCUUGAACAUCGUGUUCUGUUGGUGUUCGCGACACCGUGAAUAUUGGCAAGAUCGCAACUCCGGCAAUAGGUGGAUCCAGCCUCUAUGGACUGUAUUGCCGCAUAAAACACCACCUCUUGAUCUUAGCGAGUUAGAACCUGGUCUCAUCAAGUAUCCUCAAGUGAGGCACGAGAUUAUUCAGUAUCACGAUCCGGAGUCUCAGGGUACCACGCCACAGCCUCAGGAGUACAUGGAGAUGCAAAAACGCGAGAGUGAGAUCUAAAGUAGCUGGCAGCACCAAC